AUGAACGGCUACUCAGGGGUCCUGGACUACACAGGCGUCUUGAGCAAUGGCCAAGGCUCCGGCGCCGGCGUCUCGUCCGGCGGCGGCUCGCGCGGCAUGGCGCCGUCGAGCAGCUCGGCCGACCUGUUGCAUCCCGAGACGCGCCGCCGCUCCAACUCGAUCGGCGCUCGGAGCUCGUCCAACACGUCCGUCUCGUCGCAGUCGACGUCGUCUUUCUCCAUGUUCCCGAUGGUCGAGAAGAUGUACCGCGUGCGCAUCACCGAAGACAUUGAGCGCGAUCUGCGGUACCUGGGGCAGAGCCGCGCCGAUGCGCUCAUCUCCGAGUUUGACAUGGUGCCGCUCAAGGACACGAAGGGCAUUCAGAUGUACGAGCUCGCCGAGCAGGAAUUUUACACGAUGAAGGCGGUCGUUAUGAUCCCAAAGUCGUCGAUCCACGACGUGAUGAACUUGAUGGACAUGCCGACCACCGCCAACUUUCGCGACACGAUGGGCGACAUCUUUGGCCCGCUCUUCCUCGACGGCGUCGUGCUCUACUCGGCCCCGAAGGACGUGACGCGUCCGAACGAGUCGCUCUCGGUGAACUGGAUGGCGCUGCAGUCGUCCAAGCCGCACUUGCCGCACCGCGACUACGUCUUUCUCAAGUACGGCGACUGCUUUAGCCGGUCGAGCGACCAGUACCGCCAGAGCAUGGACGACGGCAUGGGCAACAACUACGUCGGCGCGUCGAUCUGGGAGUCGAUCGAGUUUGACGGCUGCGGGCCGCUGCCCGAGUCCCAGAACGUCGUGCGGCUCAAGUUUCGCCGGUGCGGCUUUGUGUUUGAAGAGUCGCAGGCGACCGACCAGCUCCGCGUGUCGUUCUUCCUCUCCGAGUCGCACCCGGGCCGCGGCAUGGUCUCGAACCUCACGAAAGCGUGGAUGACCAAGAUGCUCAUGUGCAUCGCCGACAUUUCGGGCACGCUCAUCACCAAGCACCUCAGCGAGCAAACGCUUCUCAACAAGAACGAGUUCUCCAAGGACGGCCACUGCUGCUUCAUCUGCCUCACCAAAUUCACGCUCCUGCGGCGAAAGCACCAUUGCCGUAUCUGCGGCGACGUCGUGUGCGGCAAGUGCUCCAACAUGAAGACCGUGCGUCAAAACGGCCAGAACAAAGAGGUCCGUAUCUGCCUCCAGUGCACGUCGGCGUCGACGAACUCGAUGUCGCGCGGCUCGACGGGCUCGGGCCUCCAGCGCCAAGCGUCCAAGCCGUCGAUGCUCUCGUCGUCCGUGUCGUGCUCGAGCGUCGCGUCGUCCGAGUCAGCAUACUCGUACCAUGAAGACGAAGUCUCGGCCGACUUUAACACCAAGCAAGCCAAGCAGCCGAUCAUCAUGGAAGAGCGCGAGACGCCGACCCACUACUAUGCGUCGCAGGCGUCGUACUCGUCGCAGUCGUCGUCGACCGCCGGUGCCAACGACAUGAUUUUGCUCUCGUCCAUCGACACCUCGGCGUCGACGGUGGCCUCGGCCAUCUCGUCGGGCACCUCGAGCGACAUGGUCAUGCUCACCAAGGACAAGCCCGCGAGCAUCCGGGAAAACACGACGUUCUCGUAUGCACUCUCGUACACGUCCCGACAGGAGUGGCCAAAGGCUCCGAUGCCGCGCAACGAGGUCCCGCGGCUCGCCAAGGUCCGGUCGCUCCACCUCACGGACCCGGAGAACCAGUUCCAGGACAUGGUCGACGUGGCGGCAACGACUCUGUCGUGCUCGAUCGCGGCGAUUUGCGUCAUUGGUGACAAGACGGGCUACCUCCUCGCGCGCCUGGGGCUCGCCAAGCGCGAGGUCUCGCGCAACAUCCUCUUUGACGCGCACACGAUCAUGAGCGCGUCACCGACGGUCGUCCUGGACGCCAAGCAAGACGUGCGGUUCGUCAACAACCCGCUCGUGACGGACGGCAACAUCCUCUUUUACGCCGGCGUGCCGCUGGUGACCGCCGACGGCCACUACGUCGGGUCGUUCUCGGUCGCGGACCAAGUGCCGCGACAGGAGCUCACGGGCGACCAGCUCAUCUUUCUUCAAAACUUGGCCGACCUCGCGAUCCGCGGCAUUGAGGCCAACACGGCGCGCAUGAUGCGACCGGAGGCGAGUGGCUCGACGCUGGCGGUCCAGCCCGAGCCGUCGUACGUGCCGCCGCCGCCCGAGAUGGACGCGGUCAAGGCGGCGCUCACGAUGCAGGAGCUGCUCAAGACGGCGUACGACACGCAGUGCCAAGUGCGCAUGCAGGUCGGCGGCGUGCACAAGGCGGUCGAGUAG